UGCCAUUAGUUUUGGUCCACUUCGCCAAAAUAAUACGGAAUAAUGUUUGAAAAUCAGUUUCUGAAUGAUUUAUUUGUCGAUUUCGACACCGAACAGUGCAAACAGAAUAAUUGAAGUAAAAUAGGUACAGACUAUUUUAGAAACUCUCAAUUUCUGAUUGUAAUUUAAUUUUAAUCAAACAGGUUCAGUGGUGAGUUCUUCUUCUCAUCAGAAAUUCCUAAUAUUUUUCGCCUAAUAAAAGAAUCAAUCGAAUCCUUGACCUGGAUGAAUAGGAAGCAAAAACUCCUUCUUACUGAUAUUAGGUCUAAUGACAUUGUGAUGAUUAAAUGUUUGACGUUACAGUUAAGGUAUAUUCUGAGGAAAAUAUCUGAAAGUGGUUCCCAGAAAUAUGCGCAACGUAGUUAAAUAUCGAAUUUUCUUCAGUUGCUGGACGGACUUUCUACAGAUUGCAGCUUGGAUAAACGAAAGGCGAACUCUUUCAACAUGAAUGAAAAAAGCAAUAAUUCUUCUGCUUUGCAAUUGAUGUAAUGUACCAAUUUUCACAAGAGUUCAUGCUAGUGGCCUGAAAUGGAUAAAUUCCAUUUUCUAGUGCAGUUUAGAAAAUACGUGAGCGACAAAGUUGAUAGCGUGAAAGCCAGUAUGGCAGUCCACCAUGAGCCUACAACAACAAACAAUGUCUCACCGUUCUCAAAGAUUGGUAAAUUCUACGCCAAGUACUUCCCAGCCGAACCGGAAACAUUUGCAGCUCGUUUUUCAAUUCUGGCAUUGAUAAUCUCUCUGUUCGCUCUGCAAAUACUAUUCUUCUACGUUUAUUGGUUCAGAGAAGGAAUAAUUUUCGUCCACACAUUUUAUGUGAUUAUUGGCUCAGUUCACUACGGACUUUAUUACGGAUUGACUACAGGGAAGCUGAGAUUGAUAACACCAUGGCUUUUUUGGAAAUUGAUUGAGGUUUUAUAUACCAUUGCUAUGAUAUUCAAGGGUACUCUCUCUCAUGGCCGUUACAUGACAGCGAACUCAAUAUUGGCGUUUUUGAUAGUAGUUAUAGAUGUGAUAAUGGUGUUCUGUUUGUACAAAAAUCAAGUACAAGCCUCAGACGUAAGAAGUUUUCAAGUUGAGAGUGAGUCGAAAAAAGGGACACCAGAGGUAUAAACACUGUAUAUAAUAGUAUUCAAUACUACCAUAUGUUUUAUGUUUUUGAAGAAUAUAUUUCACAACAAUACUUGAUGUGCUCAUUUUUUUUAUUACUGAAAAGCACUCACCUAGUUAUUAUGAAUCUGUGAUUCUCAUUUA